AUGCCAGACCCGUCCAAAUCGGCUCCUGCGCCCAAGAAGGGUUCUAAAAAGGCUGUCACCAAGGCACAGAAGAAGGACGGCAAGAAGCGCAAGCGCGGCCGCAAGGAGAGCUAUUCUAUCUACGUGUACAAGGUGCUGAAGCAGGUGCACCCCGACACCGGCAUCUCGUCCAAGGCCAUGGGCAUCAUGAACUCCUUCGUCAAUGACAUCUUCGAGCGCAUCGCCAGCGAGGCCUCCCGCCUGGCGCACUACAACAAGCGCUCCACCAUCACGUCCCGCGAAGUGCAGACGGCCGUGCGCCUGCUGCUGCCUGGCGAGCUGGCCAAGCACGCCGUGUCCGAGGGCACCAAGGCUGUCACCAAGUACACCAGCUCCAAGUGAGGCGUUCCCCGGCGUCCUGAACCCAAAGGCUCUUUUCAGAGCCACCCACACGAUCGAGAAAGGGUUUCGAACACGGUGAAGAGUUAUGUAACCUAAUAUGUCUCCAUGCACCCUAGCGGUUGCCGGGUGCGGCCGAAUCUGAGCCGUGUGUGUGUGUGUGUGUGUGUGUGUGUGUGUGUGUGUGUGUGUGCGCGCGCGCGCGCCGGCACAGAACGAGAAAAACUGCUCGUUACAGAAAUCGGGGUAGAAACUGCUCAGGUGAUGUAGCUCAGUAAUGUUGGGAGGCGAUCAAGGACCCCCUCUCCACCCCCUCCCUCCGCGCAGAGCUGUUAAUUCACGACGAGAUUUCUUUUUUUUUUCUUUUUUCUCGAAGGAGUCUCGCUCUGUCUCUAGGCUGGAGUGCAGUGGCGCAAUCUCGGCUCACUGCAACCUCCGCCUCCUGGGUUCAAGCGAUUCUUGUGCCUCAGCCUUACGAGUAGCUGGGAUUACAGGCACGCGCCACCACGCCCGGCUAAUUUUUUGUAUUUUUAGAAGAGACGGGGUUUCACCAUGUUGGCCAGGAUAGUCUCGAUCUCCUGACCUGGUGAUCCAUCCGCCUCUGCCUUCCAAAGUGCUGGGAUUACAGGCGUGAACCACCGCACCCGGCCCCAAAUGUCUUUUAUAAGCAAGUGGUGCAUUCCUGGAUGUUGAGCGCUUGCGCCCGGUUCAGGACCGGGUCCAAAUGAGGUUGGCGUGCGCCGUGCAGGUGAGGAGUGCGGGUCACCUCCCCCAAAAAGACCCUGUGCCAACCUCCCCAACCCUACCCGCCCCCCAUGGGCGACGCCAGACGUGGCGCAAGACCACGGGCUCUGAGGCCAUGGGUGUUGUCACUUUCCCCUGGCGGUGGUGCCUGUCUCUGCAUUUGCUUAAGACUUUUCCAUCCCUGCCUGGACCAGACAGACAUGUUUAGAUUUAAGCAAUGAACAUUCCGGGAGGAUAUUUUCCUGGCAGGAUACCGCGAUGGCAGGAUGUUUGAUACCGAAUCGAAGCACGGCGUCAAAGCAGCGUCCUGCGCGGGGGAGCCGGAUGUAAUAAGCGACCCUAGCUGCCGGUAACUUUAACCCUUAUGGGAGUGGGGGUGGGGGAAGGGGUUAAUUUAGGAGGAAAAGAAUUCCCUUUUUCUGAGCAAAUGUAUCUGCCUCCCUCUUCAGCCACAUUAUUUUCUGCGAGGCGUUAGCAACGCAGAAUUCCUUUCCUACCCCCUCCAAAUUCACAGCAUUUAUUUGGGGAGUGCCAUUUUGGCGCAGGAAAGCUCUUUGGCACGAAGAGUUUUCGCUUUGGAAAGGGCAUCGUUUACGUUUUCAUGACUUGGCUUUUCUUCUUUAGAAAAAGAAGAUUUCCAGUAAUUGCUUCCUUAAACCGUUGUGAAAAUUCGAAGUACUGAGCGUUUGUGUCACCAUUUCCAGCAGGGAAUAAAAAUUCAAUAAAGUUAAAUGAGAAAUAAUUUUUUUUUUUUGAGACGGAGACUUGCUCUGUCGCCCAGGCUGGAGUGCAAUGGCGCGAUCUCUGCUCACUGCAACAUCGGCCUCCCGGGUUCAAGCGAUUCUCUUGCCUCAGCCUCCCGAGUAGCUGGGACUACAGGUGUGCGCCACCCACGCCCAGCUAUUUUUUUUUAACUUUUAGUAGAGACGGGGUUUCACCAUGUUGGCCAGGAUGGUCUCGAUCUCUUGACCUCGUGAUCCACCCUCCUCGGCCUCCCAAAGUGCUGGGAUUACAGGCGUGAGCCACUUCUCCAGGCUGAGAAAUAAUUUUUUAAUAAAAUUCAAUGAAAAAUAUUUUCCCCCCAAGUCAUUUCUCCAAAGGGAACCCGUCGCGUGCCUGGGAUGGGGAAAGAAAGGUCACCGUGAACAUCCCCGACCAAAACGGCUUUGUCCCCUACUCCCCACCUUUUUUUUCCUGCGUGGUUCCUCUGCAAGAAUCUUUGAGAACCUCGCAUGUUUUAAAGCUAUCUAAAAUAUUUUUAUUUUCAAUUAAAAUAGUUGCAAAGAUACAAAUACCAACGUGGAACUUUUUAAAAAUCAAAACUCUCACAUCAGUCUCAAGGUGCCUUUUGGAAUAUCAAUAUGAUAGUAUAAUCAAUUCAUAAAAUACAUGACCAAAUUUUUCUUUGUCAAUGCGAUGUUUCAGAUGAUUUUUUCCUCCUGAAUGCCUAUUUCCAUUCUCCAUUUGCCUUACAAUUUCACCCUACCAUAAUAUAUCUAUUGUAUGUUUAAUAGUGUUUUGUCUAUUAUUGUUCUCUGCAAAAAAGUCUACACUGAAAUUUAAGCAUACCUCUGGGUAGUCUCUCACUGUUAACAAAAAUCAUCUCGACAGUACACAAUUGUUCAAAACAUAAAUAAUUUGAUGUUAUCAAACAGAUAAA